AUGCAAUGUGAUAAAAUACAAUCUGAUGUCAAUUAUAAUGAUUCUCCAAUCAAGCAAAUCCCAGCCUAUUAACUCUUAGUGCCAAGACAAGUUAACUAUGUGGAUUGUGGGGCUUUCCUUCUAGAGUAUGCAGAAUCAUUCCUGUCCAAUCCAAAUUAUCUCUUAUCAGAUUUCGAAUCCCCAGAAGGCAUUUACAAAUUGAAACUCUUCCCUAGGACACUUGUUAACAAAAAGAGAUUUCUAAUGAAGCAAUUGUUGAUUGAAUUGGUCGAACUAGGCAAGGAGUAGGCUCUGGUCAAUUACAAAUAAAGAAGAUAGGAAAUAAUUGAAAAUACAAAUGAAGAUGAAUACGAUAAAAUAGACUAGGAUUUGUUCAAAGAGUUCCUGAAUCAAAAGAGUUCCAUAAGUGUGAACAGUGAUUAGUAAAGAUCUAUGUUACUGGACUUUUACAUGAAUCCGCAAUAAAAUUAUUAUGAAUAAUGA